UAAAUAUUUUAAGCAGAAAAAAGAUGAAUGUAGAGACAAGUGCCUUCUUUAAUAACCUCAUUGACGUCCAUAUGAAGACUCUCAAGAGAAGGAAAAAGAACAUCGAGAACUUAGGCAGGUAUAUUAACCUACCCAAAAGAGAUUCCAGCAUGGACCGAGCAACAGAACAUAGAAGAAGGAAGGAAGAGAAACAGGAGAUCCAGCAUAAGUUUACUUUGAAUAAGCAGCAAGCGUUCUACUUUGAACAAAAAUAAGAAGAGCCAACCAACAGCACACUACCAGAGUAAUAUUCCUGAGAAUAACUCUUCAAAAAGGCUAUUGAAAAGCUUUUACCGAAAGAGUAAUAAAUUUACUGAAAAAGCAAGCCCAGAGACUCAGUCACAAGCAAGAGUUCGUCAUCUUGAGCUUCAUGCUCAGUCAAAACCAAUCAAAGGACUUAACUCUCCUUGAGAAACCAAAAGACUUUGGGAUAAAAGAUGGAUUUUACCGAAGAAAUUCACCCCUUUUGAUAAUCAUGAGCAAAAUACUAUUGAUGAUAUUUUGCAAAAUUUUACUCACACCAAAUCUCAGAAACAUGCAAAUAUACAGAAUAAAGCAAGCCAAAGCCCAAAGAGAGGAACAACUAGUCCCAGAAUGGCCUUUAGGAAAAUAAAUGGGAGGAAAAUGAACAAUUGGAGGUACCAGCUCGGAUUAAAAUCAGGCUUAUUUCAGAAGGAUAUUGAUAAAAAGUCUUCUCCUUCUUUUCACAUUGGUCAACCCCAAGUGAGACCUCCUAUUGAGGAAGAACAUUUUCAGAACAGCAUGGUUAAAACAAUGACUUCAAGGUUUGCCAGAACAAGAAAGAUUAAUCUGAAAGAGUUGGAAAAGUAUAAGAAAAAUCAAGAAACUCAGAAAGUUAGCAAGAGUAUCGACAUGAUCCCUCAGGUUCAAAUGACAACUGAUUUCAUGAACACAUACUUUGACUUUAAGAGGAAUAAGAUCUGGAGCAAGAAUAGAAAGGUAAAAUCUACUGGGAAGGCAUCCAAGCUUACCAUGGGAAUUAAGCUGUACCUCAGCCAGUACAGGAAACAGUUCUAAAUUAUUUCAA